ACUCUCUCUGGUUUUCUUUAUUCCUUCGCUUAGAUAAACGACCUGCCUUCGACUAUAAGCGAGCUUAUCGCUCAUGAUCCAUAUCUUCACAAGCAGACCAACUGGCCACUUGCAGACAAGAAUUCUAGCGCCGUUGGUAUAAUAGACUUUGUGCAUAAGAUGGCGGUAGCUGGCAAUACCGAUACGAGUUUUACCAAGAGUAUGCUGUUCCUCGAUGUCGAAGCAGCGAUACCAACGAUACUUGGCCUGCCACUGAAGCUUGAAGCCAAAGGCACUGCAGUUGUCUCAGCAGUAGAGAAUAAAGACCCUGUGMUUUUCUUUGGUCCAGUGACAUUCAACUAUCUUGGAAAUCGCAAAAUAAGCGCUGUAGUUGAAAUUGCUAGCCGAUUUGGUGUCGACUCGAUCUUUGCUGAAAAUCAGUUUAUCAUCUCAAGGAAUACCUUGUAUACACCUUCUCAGUCAGGGACUAUGCAAGUAUUGAACACUGGAUUGUAGCUGAGAGAGGAAGUUGACAURGUGCAGAGGUCCAGCAGAAUCACUAUGUUUCCUUGAAACACAAGAAAAUAUAGAUUAUAUUCUUUUUCUUUUCUUUUUGCCCUCCCUAUGUAAAGGGUUCUAAAAAUACGGCAUAAUUAAGGUCAUUUUUAAAAGAUGGUUCAAUUGAAUAAAGAACAAAUUUUGCAAUUAUAA